GGAGGUGCAUAGCUCGACAGCUGAUCACACUGGUGCGUUGUCGGGGAUCGGCACUCUCCCUCGCCUCAGUCGUAGUAUAUGUCGCGGAUCUGCUCCGUGCGUUCGGUCAGAUCGGUCCGGAAAUCAUCUGAUGCGUGCACGCGUCAGCGAUCGAUCGUCCCUGGAACGGCACUUAAAGCGACUCCGGGACGAAUGCAGUUUAUAGUCGAUAGUGAUAUAUCAGUAACUAGACGAAGAAGGUCGAUACGUGGAGUGGAAUCGCGAUACCGUGACGUAUCCUUGGUUUAGUGCGCGAAGACUAAUGCCAUUUACUUCGUGAUCAACUUCGUACCUGGGACACAGCUCCGUUUUUAUAGCUUGACAGAUUAAAGGGUUUGACAGAUCGAAGAUGCGGAGUGUCAUCGCCGUGGUAUGAAUUCGGACGUCGCGACCCACGUAGCUGAGCCCACUUUCGUCCGAGGCACGACUGGAUGAUGGCUGAUCUGAAGAACCUUACCCUCAGCGCUAGUGGAGCAUCCAGAUACAGUGGCGAUGAGCAGGUGCAAUUUAUUCCAGGUGGAAGUAAUCAGGUGACAAUCAGGUCACCCCCUCCUUCCUUACAUCUGGAAAAUCUCAACAAUGCGGUCCAAUGCGGGGGCUCGCAGAACAAUCUCCACUGCAGUUGCAACGGAGCCACGUCGAACGGGGCUGCAGCUGCGGUAUGCACCGGCGGUGUUCUGGCCAGGAAAGUGCCGAACCACAGCGGCGCCAGUCCCGGGCAGGGCAACAAAAGGCCGGCGGUGUCGUUGACGCAUCUCCCGAAGAGGCCGCCGGUCGACAUCGAGUUCAAGAACCUGGCCUACAGCGUAUCCGAAGGCAGAAAGAGGGGAUACAAAACUAUUUUGAAAUGUGUAAACGGAAAAUUCAGAUCUGGAGAAUUAACGGCCAUUAUGGGACCGUCUGGUGCUGGAAAAAGCACGCUUAUGAACGUUUUAGCAGGUUACAAAACAUCUCAUUUAAAUGGCUCAGUGCUGAUAAACGGAAAGGAUAGGAAUCUCAGAAGAUUUCGAAAGAUGUCGUGCUAUAUUAUGCAGGAUGAUCAACUUAUGCCGCAUUUGACCGUUUACGAGGCAAUGAUCGUUUCAGCAAACUUGAAAUUAGGGAAAGAUAUUAGCGCGGCCUCCAAAAAAGUUGUGAUUGAAGAAAUUAUCGAGACACUUGGCCUACGCGAAGCCAGCAAUACGCAAACCCACAGUCUCAGCGGAGGACAAAGGAAGAGACUAUCGAUAGCGCUGGAGCUUGUUAACAAUCCCCCGGUUAUGUUUUUCGACGAGCCAACUUCCGGCUUAGAUAGUUCCUCCUGUUUCCAAUGUCUCAGUUUGCUCAAAUCUCUAAGUAGGGGAGGAAGAACGAUCAUAUGUACGAUUCAUCAACCAAGUGCGCGACUGUUCGAGAUGUUCGAUCACUUGUACCUGCUUGCCGAAGGCCAAUGUAUAUAUCAGGGUAACGUUGGUGGCCUAGUGCCCUUCUUGUCAUCGAUGGGUCUCGAUUGUCCAAGUUAUCACAAUCCAGCGGAUUACGUGAUGGAAGUCGCUUGCGGAGAGCACGGAGAGUGCGUUCACAAGCUCGUGAUGGCUGUGAACAAUGGCAAAUGCAAUAAUUAUCAGCAUCAUGCAGCCAUCUCGGCGGCGCAGACAGUUUCGAACGACAUUGCCAAGGAAUCGCCACAAGAGCAAACAAAAUCGGAAGGCGCCACACUGAUACCGAAUGGUGUGGCCAAGCCGCCAACUGGCACAGCGGUGAUAAAUAUGCCGGUUUCUUGCACAACGUCACUGCUAGAUAGCGCGGAAAGUAUAGAACAAAAGGUUGGCUUCCCGACGAAUGGUUGGGUGCAAUUUUGGAUACUGCUUAAGAGGACUUUCCUAUCGCAAAUGCGAGACAUGACGCUAACAAGAGUAAGAUUGAUUUCGCAUAUAAUCGUCGGCUCUUUAAUCGGAGCAAUUUAUUACGACAUCGGCAACGAAGCCUCCGAAGUAAUGAGUAACGCCGGGUGCGUCUUUUUUACGGUGAUGUUUUUAAUGUUCACCGCGAUGAUGCCUACUAUAUUAACAUUUCCGAUGGAAAUGUCCGUAUUCGUGCGAGAACACUUGAAUUAUUGGUACUCAGUGAAAGCAUUUUACUUUGCGAGAACGCUGGCGGACUUGCCGUUUCAAAUGGUAUAUUCUAUAGCCUAUGUGAUGAUUGUAUACUUUCUCACAUCGCAACCAUUGGAAGCGGAGCGUUUUCUUAUGUAUUUAAAUAUAUGUAUACUGACAUCGUUAGUCGCACAAUCUCUCGGUCUGCUGAUAGGAGCAGCAAUGAGUGUGGAGACCGGAGUGUUUAUCGGACCCGUGAUGUCGGUCCCAAUCAUUCUGUUCUCCGGCUUCUUCAUCAAUUUCAACGCUAUUCCAAAAUAUUUGAAAGUUCUCUCGUACGUGAGUUACGUGAGAUACAGUUUCGAGGGUACCAUGAUCUCCGUGUAUGGUUACAAUCGGGCAAAGCUCAAGUGUUCCGAGUACUACUGCCACUUUAAGAGUCCGACAAAGUUCCUCGAACAGAUGUCCAUGGAGAACGCGGUCUACUGGGUGGACGUUGUUGCCCUAGUCGGCUUCCUGCUCGGUAUCAGAGUGAUCGUUUACUUCGUGCUGAGACUCAAGCUGCGAUCUCUGCGUUAAAUUCUCUAAUAGUCCAGGACAGACAAUAAUCGCGACGCUAUGUCGUUGCGCGACUGUGACUUGGAUAUCAACGAAAAUCACAUUUUUUUUAAACGUGUAAGACGAAAAGAGAAAAGAGACGAUCGCACGCAAAGGACAAUUCGAUCUUGAGAUCGAAGAAUGGAAGAAUGCAAUUGUCGCAUUGAUAAGCGAUGAAGAUCGUAUGAAAGGAAUAUUGAUGAAGAGAAUAUACAUGCUUCGAAUAGAGAUAUGAGGGAACAAAGGUAAAUUGUCUUUGAUUAAAUCAAUAACGUUUGACAUAUGAACUUUAUAUGUAAUUUAAGUCGUUAGAUAUUGCAGAUACUAUAAUUUUAUGUCUGCCUUUAUUAAAGCAUAAUAUUUUUAUCGAAUCCAUCGAUGAUAUGUGUAUAGAGUAUUAAUGCUUCUGGAGGAUGUUUUAUUAUUAUUAAUCGUAAUAAUUAUGGCUUAUCGUACCAAAUCGAAUCUGAUCUCUGCCGUUGGCAAACGAAAAUAAUUUUAUUUUGUUUUAGUCCAUGUAAAAAAUAGUUACCGCGACCAAAACUCGAAUCUGGUUAAAGACGGAUCACAAUCUUAGCUUGUCUAUAUAGAUAGACGUUUAAAUAAAUAGUAACAGACAGGAGUUAGACUAUGUUCAAUCGUGUAUUAACAACGGUAGGUCGAUCUGCGACGUCAAACACAUCGGCUUUCCGGUAUUGAAUUAAAAUCGCGAACGCGUUUAUAGCCAAUUACUACGAACUCGCCAGGAGCCUUAGGCCCAUUUAAGACUCGUGUCCCUCCAACGAGCGCGUUUAAACGCGAACAUGACAAAAUAGAAGUUUCUAUAGAUAGGCAGAGUAGAAGACACGGAUCGUUAAAACGAGUCUUUUAUGAUAUUCCCAUGUUAAUUAUACAUCCAUGUAAAUUAUACAUACAGUUUGCUAUACUUAUUUCGAUCGAUUAUCGCGAAGAUAAAUAAAUUGCGUACUUAGGAUCGUAAUAAUGUCCUCGGACAAACGAAUAGAGGAAUAUUGUGAAAAUCAUAUAUAAAAGCACACCUGUUCGCGAGUAACGUUUUCGUACUAACGAUAGAAAGCGCUUAUUCGAUAUGUCUCACAUAAUCAUACACUCGAUCUUUCUUCAUAUCGUAAUUUCAUCAAGAGUUUACCUAAUAGCUUAUAUGGUAAUAGCUAAUUGUAAGGAAAGAAGGGAAAAACGGAAAAAGGAGAAAAAAUGUUUAUUGUAAAAAGCUCACACUUGACCAAUCACUAGCUGCCUGAGCGUUGCUUCUAAGUGCGAGUGCUAAAUUAUUGUUACACAUACUAUAUAUAGUAUAUGACUUGGGAGGAUAUUGUGUAUGUAUAGUUGUAUAAAAUGAGAAAAGAAAGGUAGGUAAUAUUCUGUGUUCUACGUUAAUGUAAUUAAUUCGUACUUAUGUUUUAUAAUAUAAUUCUUUUCUAUGGCCUAUGUGCAUCUUCACAUUCUGCAGAUUUAUUUACCGGGCAACUGACGAGAAAACCCAGUGAUUAAAAUGAUAUUUUAUUAAUAGAUAUUUUCAAUUUCAUUUAUACACGAUCAAGAUUUGUUGCAAAUGUUAUUAAUAUUAAUUAGCGCGACCAUAAUAUCGACAAAAAGUUAUAAACCUACAAGAAGCAAUUUAUUAUUUGUGGUUUCGUGGACAAUAUAAAUAUAAUUUUAUUUAUAAGAGAUUUAGUUAAAUAUUUUUUUUUCUUAUGCUAUACAUAUAAUAGAGAAAUAGGUGUAAAUCUAAACAAUGAAAAUAUCUCAGUUUAUAUCCGUAUCAAUGAGUAACUGAUAAUGAUAAAAUAACAAGGCAAUAGAAUUUAUCACGUAAAAAUUA